GGCUGAAAUUACCUUCUCAUAAACUCGCAUACGCUCGCGUGCGUUUGCCCUCCUCAUUCGACAGCUUGUUCUCCUUCCACACGCUUUUUGCGCAAUCAGCUCUUCCGCAUUUGAGACAGUCGGAGCUUUUAAAGCGCAACAUAAGGACGAAUCGAAAGGUUACAGUAACAGAGCUGAAGGACUACCGCGAAAACCGCCCGGCGACCGCGCACACUUACAACUGCCAUGACAGACUGUGGCGAGGAUGCCAAGCUGGAGGCGACGAAACAGGCCAGCAAAGAGUUUAAAGAGAGCGAGAACGUAGCCGAGAAAUACUCCGCGAUGACAGCCACGAAGCACAGCGACGUGAACAUGAACGUCGGAGAGCUGUCCGCCGCGUUCACUGCGGUCCCGACCCACAAAUCCGUCAAAAAGAUUCAGUUUGCCAACCAGGAGGACAAACAGGAGUUUAGCAAGUUCCCUACAAAAACAGGCCGCCGCUCCCUGUCUCGCUCCAUCUCUCAGUCAUCUACGGACAGCUACAGCUCAGCGGCCUCGUACACUGACAGCUCAGAUGAUGAGACGUCUCCUCGUGAGAAGAGCCAGGUCAACUCAAAGGGCAGCAGCGACUUCUGUGUCAAGAACAUCAAGCAGGCCGAGUUUGGCCGGCGGGAGAUCGAGAUCGCAGAACAAGAUAUGUCUGCGCUGAUUUCCCUGCGGAAGAGAGCUCAGGGAGAGAAACCCCUCGCCGGGGCCAAAGUGGCCGGAUGCACACACAUCACUGCUCAGACUGCUGUGCUGAUCGAGACUCUAGUGGCCCUGGGUGCUCAGUGUCGCUGGACUGCCUGUAACAUUUACUCCACCCAGAAUGAAGUGGCAGCAGCUUUGGCGGAGAGUGGUGUGUCAGUUUUUGCCUGGAAGGGAGAAUCGGAAGACGACUUCUGGUGGUGCAUCGACCGCUGUGUCAACAUGGAUGGCUGGCAGGCAAACAUGAUUCUAGAUGACGGAGGGGAUUUGACCCACUGGGUGUAUAAGAAAUAUCCCAGUGUCUUUAAAAAAGUUCGUGGAAUCGUGGAGGAGAGUGUUACUGGUGUACACAGGCUGUAUCAACUCUCCAAAGCUGGCAAGCUUUGCGUCCCUGCCAUGAAUGUCAAUGAUUCUGUCACCAAGCAGAAGUUUGAUAAUCUGUACUGCUGCAGGGAGUCCAUCCUCGACGGUCUGAAGAGAACCACAGAUGUGAUGUUUGGUGGGAAACAGGUGGUGGUUUGCGGUUAUGGAGAGGUGGGGAAAGGUUGUUGUUCAGCUCUGAAAGCACUUGGAGCAAUAGUGUGUGUGACGGAGAUCGAUCCGAUCUGUGCUCUUCAAGCCUGUAUGGACGGCUUUAGAGUGGUGAAGCUGAAUGAAGUGGUUCGUCAAAUGGACAUGGUCAUCACCUGCACGGGGAACAAAAAUGUGGUGACGAGGGAGCACUUGGACAGAAUGAAGAAUGGCUGUAUCGUGUGUAACAUGGGCCAUUCCAACACUGAGAUCGAUGUGGCAAGUCUGCGGACUCCAGAGCUCACCUGGGAGAGAGUCCGCUCACAGGUUGAUCACGUCAUCUGGCCUGAUGGGAAACGAGUCAUUUUACUGGCAGAGGGCCGACUCCUGAACCUGAGCUGCUCAACAGUCCCCUCAUUUGUGCUAUCAAUCACAGCCACAACCCAGGCUUUGGCCCUGAUAGAGCUGUAUAAUGCACCAGAAGGUCGCUAUAAACAGGACGUCUACUUGCUGCCCAAGAAAAUGGAUGAAUAUGUGGCCAGCUUGCACCUACCCAACUUUGAUGCUCAUCUUACAGAGCUGUCUGAUGAACAGGCCAAAUAUAUGGGCCUCAAUAAGAAUGGACCCUUUAAACCGAAUUACUACAGAUAUUAGUCUGACUGGAUGGAUUCAGCCUUCAUCAAAGAUGGAGAGAUCUGUAAUAACCAGUGAAGCAAGAGAUUUAUUUUAUAUUAAUAUACAUUUCUUAAAGCAAAACUUGAUUUUACCGAAUGUUAUUCUUAUUUAAUAGUGUUACUAAUGUCCUGUGACAAAAUAUAUACAUUCAUGUCACUUUUAGUGCGUUGUUAGAAGUGAUGUAUUAUAGCAUAUGUUGUAAAAUUAUCUUUUAACCUAAGAAAGGAAGCGGACCACUGUCUAUGGCUCUAAAAAAGUGCCAAAUAUUGGUUAGAGUUACUGAUCUCAUAGGACGACUGAUAAUCAUUACCAUGCUUUAUUUUUUACACAUUGAUUCCAUUGACGUGAAGUUACACUACACUUAAGAUUUCAUGACCAAAAAAAAGGAUGUCUCUGUGGCUUUUUUAAUAUGAACCUGUUAGUCUUCACAUAAUAUUCCUCUUACAUAAGAAAGUAUAAUAGCUUUUUUUUAAAUUAUUAAAUGAAUGUACUGUGUAUUACGGCUAAAUGCUAGAAUGUUCUGGCAAUAUGAUACACACCACUGUGUGCAGAAACUUCUGUGACCCGGCAGCACCUGCUGCUACAUAUAUACCCCGCUUGGGGGGAUUUUAUGAAUAACGUCACCAACUGGGAUUUUUCCCGUUCACAUUCUGGCACACUUCCAUCAUCUCUGUGGCCUUUCAUGAAACCCUAUAUUAAGAUAACGUUGUUGACCAUUAUAUGUCAUGUAGGCCGAACGUAGAUGAGAAUAUAUGUAGAGCUGCAUGAUUAAUCGUUAAAACUCGCAAUCUUUCUUUUAAACGAUUUGCGAUAUGUAUGUUUAUUAAAGCUUUAACCAUCACAGUGAACGUUUAAAUCGGAUUCAGACAGAGCAGUUGUUGUGUUAAAGUUAUGAAACUGCUUCAGUCUUUUAAUCCAGUGUUAUUUUUUCGGUGUUACAAACAUUAAACUGUCAUAGAAGUACUGGGAGGACAUUUGGGACUUACUGUAUCGAUCAAAAUCACCUUUUAAAAGUAACUUAAAGGCUGCAGCUAUUCAAAUUCAUGUCGCAGAAUAAUUUAUUCAAGAUAAACUUUAAAAAGGUCUUUAUGAGUAAGUUAUUGAGUCAUUCGUUCAAACUGAGACUGAAAAAAAUAUUUAAUAAUAAUAAUAUUAAUUAAAAAAGGUAGAAAGCAACCGAUUUUGUCAGCACCUCUAAUUAUUAACUUUAUUUGUAAUUUCUUUAACUUGUCUAUUCAGAAUCCAAUCCUGAUUUUUGUAUUUAAACAAAUAAAACCAAAAUGUGAUUUUCAGUUUAUCUAGAGUCGUGCAGCUCUAAACUGCAGCUGAAAUAAGAUUUUGAGGCGUUUAUGGUUUGCUGAACCUAUUGCCCUCAACGUACCUUGGCUAGACUCACAGUAAGCCCACAUAUCUGGAUGGCCAUCUGUAAGGGACUGCAUAUGUCUUAAGUAAAUAUCACUGUGAAUCUGCCAUCUAAAUAUAUUUGCCUCAUCUGCACUUUGUGAUUUACCUUUCACUGCAUCAUUUGUCAAAUGUGCUUCCUCUGCCUUGACGUCAUCCAAUCCCUGCAUUAAAGAUCUUGCUCUCACUAAA